UUUAAAGUUCGGCAGAUAUGUUUCCAUUCAUUAAUAUCCUAGCUCCGAUAUAUCAUUUCCAUUGUAAUUAAAAGAAAUGGCUACAAAAAUAGAGAAUUCUUUAAUUAGACGAAAGAUUAUUAGAAAAAAGCGAGGUUAUGCUCAAGAAGUCAAUUUUCGUCGAAGCAUACGAAAAGUGCUUGCGAUAAUAGAGCCGAACUUAUCCAUGAAACCUAAAGCAACAGCUAUCAUCAAUGACGCUUUAAAUGUUGUAAAUAUCAAGUUAAUAGAAAAUUGCAAUAAAAAAUAUCGACCCAAUAAACGGCAACCCGAGAUGAAUGUUGAAGUAGCAUAUACAGCUGUGAAGAAUGAGUUUAGGAAUGAGAUACAAAAGCAUGCUUUAGCUGCCGGACAGAAAGCUCUCGCAAGAUUCAUUUAUGGACUUACAUCGUAUACGCGAAAAACACCGAAGGACACCCGAAAAAAAUCGCCUAGUCGAAAAACGAGAGUUUCCUGGGGACAAGAAUUCAAUAAUGGUAUACAGACAAUAGCAAAAAUUGUAUAUCCUGAAGCUAAAAUUGAUCCUAAAUCUAAAAAAAUGAUGUGUGUGUUUCUGAAUGUAUUAUUUGCGAAGUUAAUAAGUAAAAUAAAAGCAUUAAACUCUAACACAGUAGCUCCGGUGGAUGUAAAAAGCGCAGUCGAGACUAUAUUUCCCCAAGUAAUGGCUGAACAUGCGAAAUCCGAGGGCAGCAAGAUGGUAUUUACAUUGGAGAUCAAUGCAUUGACAUUUGCUCCUAAAUAUAGGAAACCAAGGUCCAGAAUAACUGCAGGAGGUAGAAGAUCUGCACAAGCGGAGAGAGUUGAAGCAUUGCCAUCGCUUCUUUCUUCACCUUCUCGAAGACGUUCAAAAUGAAAGAUGUUUUCCAACCAAAACCUCUUACGGAAUGAAAUUAAAACUAU